CACACACACACACACACCUGCUGCAAACGAAUAGUUGGAACCACUCGUCUCCACAUCAGGGUUAUUUUUGUACAAUCCAGAUGUGAGCGUGGGAAAUGUACACAGCUGCAGCACACAUCAGGCCCCAAACUGCCUUUUAAACAGCUUAAAUCGCUGUGCUUUUUUUUAGACGCCUGCUCUCUUGAAGUUUAGGGAUGAAGCAACGAUGCGCGAUGUAUUUCCCAGUGCGCUUUUGAGCUGGGUGUCAGUGCAAGUGGAUCAAACCGAGUUAAUAUAGAUUUAACAUACGGAACCUCACACUAAGAAAGGCUUUAUCGACCUGCUUUUGGCAAUAUUUCCUGUUUCUGUGCUGAUGCUUUGUCUCGGGUAUGUGGCACACUGGCUGAGCUGUUGCUCCUUGGUAAUGAAUGAAGGCGCGUCAUUGAGCUGGUUCCUCAACAUGGCCGUCAGCGCGCAGCACUGCGUUAUCACGCUGGACCUGGACGCCUGAUCAGCCACACUUUCACUAGCUAGGAUGUGCGGAACGAAGUCUGUUUGUAUAUGUUUCUGUUCUGUUUCUGCGGUCGAGAUGAUCACCGACAACCGAAAAAUCACAGCACUGGUGAUUCGGCGUCGGAUGAAGGCCAGUACUGGAGCCUGGGGCUGGAUUUGAAAUUCGGUGCUAAAAGAGUUUUUGCAGGGUGUACAAUGUUUUGUUGCAUGCCAGAAGAAGAGGAGGCUGAGCACUCUGACUAGUGUGGAUGAGAGCACAGUGCCGUGAUGCUGUGCUGUGGCAGAGCUCUAGACUCUCCCUGUACUCUAGCUCUGCUGGUGGGUUUCCAGUUUGCAUUUGUGCUAUAUUUCUCUUUGGGAGGCUUCCGUGGCCUUGUCUCUGUGCUGGUGCACUCUUCAGAACCUGAGUUUGACUACUCUCGACCGCAUGACGUUUACACAAACCUUAGCCAGCUCAGUGCCCUGCUGCCCCCUCACCCUAGUGGAGCUGAGCAGCAGCAUAGAGGCUGUUUGCUACCAUCACCACUGCUUGUGGGUCCUGUGUUUGUGCACCUGUCCUCCCCUCUUUCCCUGGAGGAGAUAAAAGAGAAGAACCCUCUGGUGACCCCAGGAGGCCAUUACCGUCCCCCGGACUGUGAACCGAGGCACCACACAGCUAUUGUGGUCCCCUACCGGAACCGGCAGAGCCACCUGCGAACUCUCCUCUACCAUCUGCACCCCUUCCUGCAGCGGCAGCAGAUACACUAUGGCAUCUACAUCGUACACCAGUCAGGAAAUUCAACAUUUAAUCGUGCAAAACUGCUGAACGUGGGAGUGCGGGAAGCUCUGAAGGAGGAGGACUGGGGUUGCAUCUUCCUCCAUGAUGUGGACCUGCUUCCAGAAAAUGACCACAACACCUACACUUGCCAUACACAGUACCCCACUCACCUCUCUGUGGCUAUGGACAAGUUCAGAUACAGGCUUCCAUAUCCUCAGUACUUUGGUGGAGUUUCUGCAGUCACUCCAGACCAGUACCUCAAGAUGAAUGGCUUCCCAAACCAGUACUGGGGCUGGGGAGGAGAGGAUGAUGACAUUGCUGCUCGAGUUCGUCUAUCUGGGAUGAAGAUAGUGCGCCCUCCUGUGGCUGUGGGUCAUUAUAAGAUGAUUAAGCAUAAGGGGGACAAGGGUAAUGAGCAGAACCCCAGAAGGUUUGACUUGUUGAAGCACACCAGGUUAAAUUGGAGAUCAGAUGGACUCAACUCGCUCAAUUAUGAGCUUCUGUCCAAAGAGUUAGAGCCGCUGUACACCAAUCUGAGUGUCAAUAUUGGUGAAGACCCUCACCCUCCUCCCAAAAAAUCUGCACUUCCUAAACCUGUUUCUUAUCCUGCAGAAAUAUCCAAAGACAAAGAUGAUGACAAGGAAACACUAGGAAUGCAGUCCACUCAAGAUACCAAAUUAGAAGAGGGUCACUUAAAAGUAACCAAUAGGAGUUCAGACUUUGGUCAAGAAGCUGCUGUGAAACAGGAAAUUGUUUGAUGACAUAGACGUAGUCCAUAAAGCAGUGACACUUCAAGUGGAUUUGAAGUUGACUUGUACUGUGCCAGCUUGCAUUGUUUCCUCUCUAAUAUCACUGAGUAUUGCACUGAGAGGUGAGCUUGCAGGUAAGUUGAAUUAUUGCACUGAAUGUCUGCACUGGCAUGGUAUCAUUUGCACAGACCUCCGCUGUACCAUUUCCUGGUGAUCUCCUUGCCACGAAACUCGCGGCGCAUGAACAGAGCUAAGCAUUUAUGAAAAUGACGUGCUCGUGUGUAAUUGUGCUGUAAAGACACCUGCACCAGUGCUAGUCCUGUGUGCUUAUCCAGCCAGCCUGCGGUUAACUGCUAAUCUUCACACUAAUGUGUGGGUUCUGUCUCUUUGUGCCUUUUCUCACUCUUGAACCGGCUUCUGUCCGCAUCUUAUUUCAUAUGUUCUUAAUCUAAAAGACAUGCAUAAUAGUGCACACUUAUGUAUCAGAGUAAUAGGCUUCUAAAUGCUCUGAAAUGCUGCUGCUCCUAUUUCUCAUCACCAUGCAGCUUAGUGGUCUUGUGCUUGGACAUACUGUUAGCACUGUGUACUAGAUUUGAUCUUGCUAUGAAAAUGUGCAGCUCAUUGUGUUUCCACAGGUUUUGUGUUUUUCUUUCAGAAAUGUCUAAAAGUUUCAACUUUUUCAGCUGGUCAAAUAACAUUUCUAAUUUUCAAAUAGAAUAGGGGAUAUGCAUUAUUGAGAGAUUACUUUUUUUUGGUUAGACAAUCAUAAGGAUAAGCUAUAUAGCUGACACAUCAAUCAGUUAAAUUUCUGUCUUUAAAAGUUUGUUUUUGAUCAUUAUAAAUUAUAAUAGUUAGACUUAUUAAAGCUAUUUUUCAGUAGAUUUGUUCAAAUGUGUUAUCACAAUAUGAUGAUGAUUUAUUGCAGGUCUCAUGGAACGUGUUGCUGCAAAUAACAUGUAUAUAUAUAAUGAUCGCUAUAAUUUUUGUAAAUAAGCUAUAAUUAUUCUAGAAAAAAAGCCCUGUAUACAUUUGCUAGAUGUAAAUGAUGUUUACAUUUUUUUUUUAAUUGGCCAAGUAUCUGGAUGAAUAUGAAGUUUAAUCCAUUACUGAACCCUAACACUGCUGUUAAUAGUGGCUAUUGUAAAUGAGUUGUCUCCUCAGAGAUGGUAUAGAGCACUUUUUCUGUUUUUUCGUGUAUCAGGCAAUAUCAGAAAGUGAUCAUUUGAAUGUACUUUAUUCCAAUGCUCACUUGCUCUCACUCUCUCUCUCUCUUUCCUCAAUCUCCCAUUUGAAGCUGCCAGGUUUUUGUUGUGUGUAGAGGACUAUAAAGUAUUACAAACAAAGACCUGCAUACCAUCAAACUUAAUCUCUAUUUUUUAUGAAGCCUUUAAUAGAGCAGAGAUUGUACUUUUAAAACCUUAGUAUGGGUAAUUAUAUAUACCUGUGAGAGCCCUAAUAUUUAUUUAUUCAUCACCACAAUCUAUUAAAUAGAGAUUAAAUAGAAUUACCUAUAUUCUCCUUAUCUGUGUGUCUAUAAAUAGGUACACUCCUCUUGGCAUAUUAGCAUGUGUCCCAAAAACCUAUUUCUUUGUACCAUCUUUGCAAGACUAUAAUAUAUUUAUUUAAUAUUUAAUAGUUUUGUAUGAGAUGUUUAGUAAUAGUAAUAAUAUACUGGAAUAUCAAGAGUAUCAUAGUCUGACAACUAAUUUUCCCAGUCAAGUUCUAGUAAUGAUCUUUGUGAUUUUAAGAGAGUUGUUUAUUUAUUUAUUUUUGAUCAAAUCACAUUUAAGUCCAUAUCAACUGGAGCAAUAUGUUAUAUUCUAUAGAAAACCUGACAAAAGGAACCUUUAUAACAGAGUAUCAAAUUUCCAGAAGCAUUUCACUUGUCACAGCUUCAAAAUAUUAGAGCUCAGACUCACUGCCGCUCUAGGGUAGGAUGCAGCUGAUCAUCUCAACUGCCGUUCAUUUUAUUACACUACAACGUGUAUUGUGGUAGAUAAGUGCAAAGAUUGUCCUCUAAUCCGCAGACGUCCGGAUCAAAACUUGGACAGGGAUCCUUGAGUACUGGCUAUUGUUGACUUGCAAGAAAUCUCAGCACAUCCCCAUGUUCCUGUGAAUUAUUGUAGCUGCUAUAGGUAAAAUAACAAUUUGCUUCUGGACAUUAAAGUGAUUUACCGAUGACUAGUGAAAUUAGAUGAUGCUCUGUUCCUGAGGGACUACAGGUGUGUUAAUGCUUUAUGUAAUCCAUUUACAUUCACCAUACGAGUUAUGUAGAUAAAUAAAUGAUGUUGAACUAA